ACCUCACUCGACAGACCAUUUAUUUAAUUCUUAAAAAUGAACAUCGCGGCGGAGGCGGCAGCGGGAGAGAAGUUUCAAAGAUUGUGACGGAAUUUUCCAAGAAGUCGAGCAGCAAACUCUUCUCAGGGGGUUGGUUGAUGCUCACCCAAAUCGGGGCGCAGCCGCCGCGGUGGGGCAGUGCGCGUGUGCGGGGGCGGUGCACCCUGCCUCCGCGGCGGGCCCAGCCAGUCAGUCGGUGGCCGCUGGCAGAACGAGAGUACCCUGAUGAGGCCGCGGGGGCCGUCGUGAUGGGCGCCCUGCUGCUGGGCCUGCUGCUCGCCCUAGCCGCCCCACGCCUCGCCCUCGACCCGCCCCCGGCCGCCCUUGUGCUCGCUGGCGAUGACUGCGUGCCGCCUCCGACGGCCGCUGGCCUCCUUGCCCGCAUCAACGCCUCCGACCGCCUCCAGCUGGAGCCCUUGCCUGAUUGUCGAGAUGCAUCCGUUCUGUCAGUGUUGCUGGCCACAGUGACGAAUGGCCGCCUGAUCGUAGCCGCCUUGCCUGAGUCCCUGUGCCCCUUGGCCGCUGCCCUGGCCAGCGUCCGAGGGGCAAAGGUGCUGACCUGGAGCUGCCCGCACAUCGAGGCCUCGCCGAGCUUCGUCAGCCUGGUCCCGGGGACGGCAGCGCAAACACUCGCUCUUAGUAACCUCCACCGGACCUUCAGAUGGCGACGGGUGGUGGUCGUGGAAGAUGACACCUCGGAGUGGAGUCACGAGCAGGCCAGACAACUGCAUAUGGUUCUGCGGGCGGAGACGGUGCAAGUGCUGGCGCGCUUGUCAGUCAGUGCCCUGCUAGCCACCAUGGUCGAUGUACCCCAAUGUCAAGUUGUGAUUCUUUGCGUGCCAAUCGGCACAUCCGCCUUUUCAGAAGCCCUGUCUAUGCUCUCGACAGCCUCCAUAGGCAACCCCCAAAUCUUGGCCUUCGCAAAUCCGUUCGUGCUGCACGCCUCUGCUGUCCAUUUUUCGCCAACGCCUGGACUCAGUCUGCCUCAAAAUCUGCUCAUUUUGGCAGCUGUCGAUGAUUACCCGCAAAUUAAAGUGAAUUCCUCGCAUCCACAAAACGAUCUCAGUCCUUCUCAGUUUUCACUGGUGUCCCGACUGCACGAGGCCGCGGCCCUUUGCACCUCUACCGACGCCCCUUUGAUUACAGGCCUGGAAGGGCAGGCGGUGCGAAUGCGAUCCAACGAGCGGCUUUCCCACUUUUUGCUUUUGCAACCGCAAUGGAACGAUGAAAGCGGAGAGAUGCUUUGGAAGCCGUGCGUGGAUAUGGCGCCAAAUGGAUCGACGACUAUAGUUUCCACCCCUACUUGGUCUUGCUGCGAAGACGUCGCCCAAUUCACGACAUUGCAAAUUGCGGCUGCCGUGAUUGUCGCUUUAGUGAUUGUCGUAACGUUCAGCGUGGGCGCCGUCGGUCUCAGGAGGCAGCUGUUCAAGCAGAAAAUGUCCAAGGGACCGUACAAAGUUAUUCUAACCUCUGCGGAUUUUGUUUUUCCGCAGGUCGGAGACAAUAGACGGGUCGAAGCGGGAAUAGAGGCAAUGCUGUGUUGCUGGCUGCAGCAUUUACAGGAGUUUGGAGCCCCUGAUAUUUCGUCCUCGGACAGACCGGACUUGUUGCAGGGCUCAGUGGCCUCUCUGCGCACGGCCGUGGCCUCUGGCCCCUCCAGCCAAGCCAGUCUGCGCCCACCAAUCGAAAGACGCGCCAGGUACAACGGCGACCUCGUCCACUUGCGGGAUCUUCAAUCCGGGCCAGGUUUUGAGUUGAGGAACAAAGCACUUGACGUGCUUUUGACGCUCCACGGAUUACGGCACGAAAAUGUCGCUGUUCUCAUGGGCUGUCUCGCAGACCCGAGCAGGCCGUGCCUCGUUUGGGAAUGGGCCUCCAGAGGGUCGCUGCAAGACGUGCUGGUUCACGAUGAUAUCAAACUAGACUGGUCCUUCAGACUGUCCCUACUCACAGACUUAGUCAGGGGAAUGCGCUACCUUCACGCCUCGCCGAUAAAGGUGCAUGGCUACCUGAGUUCACGCAACUGCGUGAUCGACUCUCGCUGGGUUCUAAAGGUCACAGACUACGGUUUACCCCUUCUGCUAGACGCUCAGGGGUUGCAGCCCUCACUAAAAACGGCCAGGGAGCUGCUUUGGACUGCACCAGAGCUGCUGAGGGAGCCAGGAUUGCGGCGAAAAGGCACGCAGCCUGGCGAUGUCUACAGCUUUGGUAUUAUCACGCAGGAAGUGGUGCUCAGGGGGGAACCUUUUUGCACACUCAACCUAACUCCAGAAGAAAUCCUGGAAAAGAUUAAGAAGCCGCCUCCUUUGAUAAGACCCUCAGUGUCUAAGGGCGCCGCGCCGCCAGAAGCCAUUAAUAUUAUGCGCCAGUGCUGGGCUGAAAAUCCAGAAAUGAGGCCGACCUUUGUGCAGAUAAACGAUUUGUUUAAAAAAUUGAACCACGGAAGGAAAGUCAACAUUGUUGACACCAUGUUCCAAAUGCUGGAAAAGUACUCCAACAACCUGGAGGAACUCAUCAGGGAGCGCACCGAGCAACUCGACAUGGAGAAACGAAAGACUGAACAACUCCUGAACAGAAUGCUACCUAGCUCAGUUGCCGAGAAACUGAAACUCGGCAUGCCCGUCGGACCAGAAGUUUACCCUGAAGUUACCAUCUACUUUUCGGAUAUAGUCGGAUUUACCACGAUUUCUGCUUACUCGUCGCCCCUGCAAGUUGUGGAACUGCUCAACGAACUCUACACAUGCUUCGAUGCCACCAUCAACGCAUACAGCGUUUAUAAGGUUGAGACAAUAGGGGAUGCGUACAUGGUGGUGGGAGGCCUGCCUGUUCGGAUUGCUAACCACGCGUCUCAGAUCGCAACCAUGGCCCUCGACUUACUCCACCAAAGCGGCACAUUUCGAAUCAAGCAUCUGCCCAAAACACCGCUCAGGUUACGCAUUGGAUUGCACUCGGGUUCCUGCUGCGCGGGAGUUGUGGGAUUGACAAUGCCAAGGUAUUGCCUCUUUGGAGACACCGUGAACACCGCCUCGAGAAUGGAGUCAACAGGCGCUGCCUGGCGCAUUCACGUUUCGCAAGAAACGAGAGACCUCUUAGUUUCUGAAGGAGGGUAUGAGCUCGAGUUCAGGGGGAUCACAGAUAUAAAAGGAAAGGGUCCAAAACCGACGUAUUGGCUACUAGGAAAAACUGGUUUUAACAAAGAGUUGCCCACACCACCACCUUUGGAGGAAAGCCACGGGCUUGACGAAAGUUUAAUACUGUCCUCACUGGCCGAAGCACCUGUAGCGGAGGAGACAUUAGAGAGUCCGGCUACCCAGGAAGCGUCAACAAUCCACGGAUCAGCGCCAAGCCUGGCCGAACGCGGCCCCAGACUUAGCCAAACGACCAGCGCGGAAAGACGAGCACUUUGGGGCUCGCCAGAGGAAGAUUUGAGUCGAGCUUUCAACCAUUACCGCUGUUUGACAGCCGGAAACGGUCAGCCCACCGACCGACGCCUCCGUCGGCAAUUCAGUCUGGACCGUGAAGACCUGAGUGCUUCAAGACGCUCGCUGCAAAAGCAGAACUCGGCGGGAAGCCCACCAAGAGAGUUGGCACGCAUCGAGGAGGCGGUAACAGCGCCAAAAUCUUUUCCCAGGCCUAACCAAACCACAGACUGAGUCCGCAAUAAAGGGACACUGGUGGAGAUUUUUUCGUGGCAAUGGUGCCAAACUGAAAAGUGAUCUAUAUCUCGCAACUAUCUGAUGAUUUUCUUAUCUCUUGUAAAAAAAACUUCAUGUGAUUGGGUCAGUUGAAUUCGAGGCUGCCGAGAAAUGCUGUAUUUUAAUACUUUUAAAUUACCAAGUUUCUCCAAUUUCGUAUCAUUCCUACUAGCGUCGCAAUUAACAAGGAGGACGCAACUAUUAAUCCGAAAACUAAUGGGGAUUUCUUGCUACCAUUCUACGGAGUUUGAAAUUGGCUUUAAUAAAAUUUCAACCUGGAUAAAAUUUUAUGUUUAAAAAAAUCAAAUUAUAUAAGGGACAAAAGUUUGGCUUUAACAUUCAAAUCCGAAAAGCUGAUGAAAUUAGCAUAAUAUUAUCCUCUACCCAAAUUCCCAAAAAAGCUGUAUUAAAAAUUAGAUCGUAAUUAGCAGCAAAAUGAAGCUAGUUUUAAUGAAAAAAAAAUAUUCUCUACUAUAAGCCGUUACAUUUCUGACCGCGGAUGUUCCAGAAAAAAAAUAACGAAAUUUUUCAAAAGUAUCUCACACAUCUUUCUAGCCGUCUCGCAGAGCAGAUUCCAAAAAUAAUCCGACAGUUCAACCACUGUUCAAGAUAAUUGCGGCAGUUGGGAAUUUCUCUGAAUUGCGGAAGAACCAUAAAAUUUCAUCGUUUUUCUAACACUAUCAAAUGGUAGCCAAAAACCCGAUAGUUUUCGGAUGAACAGGUGCACUCCUCUUGUUAAGAAGCGCGGAGGUGGCACCUUCACCAGGUACUUAGUCUGACUGUGUGAUUCACAAAAGCAAAUAAUCCAAAUAAUGUAAUGUUGUGCUGUUAGAAUCCAUCUAUGUGUUGUAGAAGAUUCAGAAUUUCUAAAAUGUUAAAAGCUCACAAGACUAUUUUUGUGUUGGUCCAUUUUUUGAUAAAGAUUUUGCGUGAAAACUUUUUCACCGCCUUACCACGUAAGAAUGUUAGCCACACAUUAGCCGAAAAUUAAUUUUACUCCCGUGUUGUUGUUUGCAAAGGUGUCCCCUACGCAUCACUCGAAAUAGAUUGUUGUGAGCUAUCGUCAGAUGUUAACGAUAUCAAAACUGCAGUUAUGCCUGCCAGUACUUAAGACAUAUUUAGUUGAGUAAAUCAAAAGCCCCAAGUAGCAAAUCAAAUCUCUGUGGUGAUAAUCAAGAGAGCAAUACUGAAUAACAAGAUAGUUCCUCUCCCGUCUAUCAGUGUUUCAGAGCUUUGUGUCAAAAAGGAACCACCAAUCAAAAUGUGUCUGUCUCAUCCACAAAAAUAAAAUAAAAAAACUAUUU